UGCGCGCAGUGCGCGUCCGCGCGGAAGGAGGGGCGGCUGGGAGAGCUCGCGCGGCGGGGCGGCGGAGCCGGAGGGAGAGAGAGAGAGAGAGAGAGGAGCAAGCAGGCGGCGGCGGCGGCGGCGAGGAGGCGGAGACGGCCUCACCCUCACAGUGACCAGCUCGGCGUCCUCCCUUCAAAGAUGGUGAAGCUGGACCUCCACACGCUCGCUCACCACCUCAAGCAGGAGCGACUCUACGUGAACUCGGAGAAGCAGCUGAUCCAGAGGCUCAAUGCCGAGGUGCUGAAGACUGCCGAAAAGCUAUACCGCACGGCGUGGAUUUCCAAGCAGCAGAGGAUUAACUUGGACCGACUGAUCAUCACCAGUGCCGAAGCAUCCCCUGCCGAAUGCUGCCAGCAUGCCAAGGUCCUGGAGGACACGCAGUUUGUGGACGGCUACAAGCAGCUGGGCUUCCAGGAGACGGCCUACGGGGAGUUCCUCAACCGGCUGCGGGAGAACCCCCGCCUCAUCGCCUCCUGCCUGGUGGCCGGCGAGAAGCUCAGCCAGGAGAACACGCAGAGCGUCAUCCACACGGUCUUCACCUCCAUCUACGGCAACUGCAUCAUGCCGGAGGACGAAAGCUACCUGCUGCAGGUCCUGCGCUACUUGAUCGAGUUCGAGCUCAAGGAGAGCGAGAACCCCCGGCGGCUCCUGCGGAGGGGGACGUGCGCCUUCAGCAUCCUCUUCAAGCUCUUCUCGGAGGGGCUCUUCUCGGCCAAGCUCUUCCUCACCGCCACCUUGCACGAGCCCAUCAUGCAGCUGCUGGUGGAGGACGAGGACCACCUGGAGACCGACCCCAACAAGCUGAUCGAGCGCUUCUCCCCGGCCCAGCAGGAGAAGCUCUUCGGGGAGAAGGGGACCGAGCGGUUCCGGCAGAAGGUCCAGGAGAUGGUGGAGUCCAACGAGGCCAAGCUGGUGGCCCUGGUGAACAAGUUCAUCGGCUACCUCAAGCAGAACACCUACUGCUUCCCCCACAGCCUGCGCUGGAUCGUCUCCCAGAUGUACAAGACGCUCUCGUGCGUGGAGAGGCUGGACGUCGGGGAGGUCCGGGCCAUGUGCACGGAUCUCCUCCUGGCCUGCUUCAUCUGUCCCGCGGUGGUCAACCCAGAGCAGUACGGGAUUAUCUCCGACGCCCCAAUCAACGAGGUGGCCAGGUUCAACUUGAUGCAGGUUGGGAGACUUCUGCAGCAGCUGGCGAUGACCGGUUCCGAAGAAGGAGACCCCCGCACAAAAAGCCACCUGGGCAAAUUUGACAAAAGCUGCGUCGCUGCCUUCCUGGAUGUCGUCAUCAGCGGCCGCGCGGUGGAAACCCCUCCCAUGUCCUCCGUAAACCUCCUGGAAGGGCUGAGUCGGACGGUGGUGUACAUGACCCACGGCCAGCUGACGUCCCUGGUUGGCUUCAUGCGGAACGUCAUGAUGGGCGACCAGCUGAAGGAAGACCGGAUGGCGCUGGAGACCCUGCUGCUGAACCUGCCCCAGAACAAGCCGGGCAAGAGCAGCAGCCUGGAGAUGACACCCUACAACACCCCGCAGCUCUCUCCUGCAACCACGCCAGCCAACAAGAGGAACCGGUUGCCCAUCGGACAACAGCUGGCAGCCAUCACGGCUUGGGACGCCUCUGCCACCAACCUGACAGCCCACAUAAACCUAGUAACCCCGUUUGCCACCCGCAGCAGGAGCCGGUCAAACAUCCAGAUGGACCAGCAUUUGGACCACGACGGCCCCUCCCAGGAGACGAUUCAGGAAGUGCAGCCGGAAGAAGUCCUGGUUAUUUCCCUCGGGACAGGACCCCAGAUAACUCCAGGAAUGAUGUCGGAAAAUGAGGUUUUAAACAUGCAGCUUGCUGAAGGAGGGCAAGGAGAUGUCCCUGUUGAUGAAACCAAACUCCACGGUAAACCUGAUAAAACCUUGCGCUUUUCCCUCUGCAGUGAUAAUCUGGAAGGAAUAUCUGAAGGCCCUUCCAACCGAUCCAAUUCCGUCUCCUCCCUGGAUUUGGAGGGGGAGUCUGUAUCUGAACUGGGGGCGGGCCCGUCUGGAAGCAACGGAGUGGAAGCCCUGCAGCUUCUGGAGCACGAACAAGCCACCACUCAGGAUAAUCUGGACGACAAGCUCCGUAAGUUUGAGAUCCGCGACAUGAUGGGCUUGACAGACGACAGGGACAUCUCUGAAACGGUGAGCGAAACCUGGAGCACCGACGUCCUGGGCAGCGACUUCGAUCCCAACAUCGACGAAGAUCGCUUGCAAGAAAUGGCAGGCGCAGCGGCAGAGAACAUGUUGGGCAGCUUACUCUGCCUGCCCGGCUCCGGAUCGGUGCUGCUCGACCCCUGCACGGGCUCGACCAUCUCGGAAACCACCAGCGAAGCCUGGAGCGUGGAAGUGCUACCGAGCGAUUCAGAAGCCCCGGAUCUGAAGCAGGAGGAGCGGUUGCAGGAGCUGGAGAGUUGCUCUGGGGUGGGCAGCACCUCCGACGAUACUGACGUGAGGGAGGUCAGCUCCCGCCCCAGCACGCCGGGCCUCAGCGUGGUCUCAGGUAUUAGCGCAACUUCUGAAGACAUCCCCAACAAGAUUGAAGACCUCCGGUCUGAGUGUAGCUCGGACUUUGGUGGGAAGGAUUCAGUCACCAGCCCCGAUAUGGAUGAAACCGCUCAUGGUGCCGGCCAGCUGACCUCUCCCCCUUCUCAGGUGGACUCCUUGCUUGCCAUGUUCGACCCUUUAUCUUCGCACGAUGGUAACCUUGCAGAGCGCGGGCAGCUUGGGUCUCUGUUUUGGUCCUGCAAAAACCGCUCAGUCGUGAGGCCGAAAGUGCACUAUGCAAGGCCCUCGCAUCCGCCACCGGACCCCCCGAUCCUGGAAGGCACCCUGGGCGGCAACGAGGCCAGGCUGCCCAACCUGGGCUCCCACACGGCCAUCCUCAUGGACUCGGAGGCCUUCAAGCAGCGCUACUCCUAUCCUGAAAGGCUCGUGCGCAGCAGGAGCUCCGACAUCGUGUCCUCGGCUCGGAGGCCCAUGAGUGAUCCGGGCUGGAAUCGGAGGCCUGGUAACGAGGAGAGGGAACUUUGUGCGCCCGCAGGGAGCAUCGGGGGAGUGGUGCUGAUGGCCGCCCCGCAGUCCUCGUCCUCGUCUCCUAGCAAAGAUUCCUGCAGAGGAGAGGCCGAGGACCGCAAAGACAGUGAUGAUGAGAAAUCGGACCGCAACAGACCAUGGUGGAGAAAGCGAUUCGUCUCAGCGAUGCCCAAAGCACCAAUCCCAUUUAGAAAAAAAGAAAAACAAGAUAAGGACAAGGACGAGUUUGUGUCUGAACGAUUCGGCUGUCUUUUAGAUGACUCCAGCCCUAGACUGAGCGCGCAAGCCCAAGCCGCAGAGGACAUCCUGGACAAAUACAGGAACGCGAUUAAGCGGACCAGCCCCAACGAGGGGGCUGCAGUGAGCUAUGACAGCACAGAUGUCCUUGGAGACGGCGAAAGCAUCCACGAUUCUCCGCGGGAGGACACCUUGCAGAACAUGUCUGCGGACGACCUCCCGGAUUCUGCGAGCCAAGCCGCUCAGCCCCAAGAUUCGGCUUUCUCCUACAGGGAUGCCAAGAAGAAGCUGCGGAUGGCACUCUGUUCGGCGGACUCCGUGGCCUUCCCCAUGUUGUCCCACUCCACGCGGAACGGCCUUCCUGACCACACGGACCCCGAAGACAACGAAAUCGUGUGCUUCCUCAAAGUCCAGCUGGCCGAAGCCAUCAACCUGCAGGACAAGAACCUGAUGGCCCAGCUGCAGGAGACCAUGCGCUGCGUGGGCCGCUUUGACAACCGCACCUGCUGCAAGCUCCUGGCCUCCAUCGCGGAGGAUUACAGGAAAAGGGCUCCCUACAUUGCGUAUUUGACCCGCUGUCGCCAGGGCCUGCAGACCACCCAGGCACACCUGGAGAGGCUGCUGCAGAGAGUUCUGCGGGACAAAGAAGUGGCCAACCGAUAUUUCACCACCGUGUGUGUGCGGCUGCUGCUGGAGAGCAAAGAGGCAAAGAUCAGGGAGUUCAUCCAAGACUUCCAGAAACUGACUGCAGCGGACGACAAAACUGCCCAGGUGGAGGACUUCCUCCAGUUCCUGUACGGCGCGAUGGCCCAGGACGUGAUCUGGCAGAACGCCAGCGAGGAGCAGCUCCAGGACGCGCAGCUGGCCAUCGAGCGCAGCGUCAUGAAUCGCAUCUUCAAGCUGGCCUUCUACCCCAACCAGGAUGGGGACAUCCUCCGUGACCAGCUUCUCCACGAUCACAUCCAAAGGUUAUCUAGAGUCGUGACUGCCAACCAUAAAGCACUUCAGAUACCCGAGGUCUACCUCCGGGAAGCGCCGUGGCCGUCGGCGCAGUCCGAAAUCCGCACCAUCAGCGCCUACAAGACCCCCCGGGACAAGCUGCAGUGCGUCCUGCGCAUGUGUUCCACCAUCAUGAACCUCCUCAGCCUGGCCAACGAAGACUCCGUCCCCGGGGCGGACGAAUUUGUGCCCGUCCUCGUGUUCGUGCUCAUAAAGGCCAACCCUCCCUGCCUGCUCUCCACCGUCCAGUACAUCAGCAGCUUUUAUGCCAACUGUCUAACUGGAGAGGAAUCCUACUGGUGGAUGCAGUUCACGGCCGCGGUGGAGUUCAUCAAGACGAUUGACGAGCGGAAGUGAGCCCCGCCAGCGUCUCUGCCAGGAAGAGGACGGCAAGAUCCCGGAGGAGGACCUCCAAGAAUGUAUCUGGUGCCUGUCCCCCAGCACCUCCCAGGCCACGGAAUAAAAACGCCCACCCUUCCACGUGUAAAUAUUGUACAGGCCUUUUAAGAACGGACCUUUACUAAUCAGACUAAUGCCAAGAGGGCGGUUUGGGGUACCCUCCUGGUCAUUUCUCUCCCCCCCGCUUCCCAUAGAAACUAGCACUGUGUCAAAUCACCGUCUAAAAAGGGACCACACAUUCUAGGCCUUCUGGAAUUUCCAGGCCUUUUUUUCCGUUGCCACCAGCGUCACGCCGACAUCUUUUUCUAACCCUGGGGUUCAUGUUAAUUCUUAGGAUUCUUUGGGGGCCUUUGCUUUUUAACAUAAAGAAGAGGGCGGGCGCUUUUCAGUGCAUCCCGACUGAGCAUAAAUGUGUUUUCUUGGGAGGAGACGAGAACACCAGGCCGAUUGGGACCGUGAAGUGAAAUGGAAGGGGCACGCUCGAAAUCAUGAAAGAACAGUGAAAUACAACACAGUAAUUCUAUUUUGACAAACCUCUGCUGAUGUUUGCCUUGUUAUCCUGCUGUUUAGGCAGCAAGGGAGGGAGGGAACCCCCUUUUCUGGGUCAAUGUUCCAGCCUCGCUGGAAUUUCAGCGAAAUGUUUGGGGAGAUGGGCCAAAGCCCAAGUAUUUAUUAAUCUGUAAAUGCUUACCGGACGUGGCUGAAACUGGAAGUUAUUCACAGGGCUUUUUUCAUUAGCGUAUUUUCUUUCCCCUACCUUUUGGACAAGGGCAUUAGAGUUAUUCAUUUAUUGCAUGGAAGAAAUAAAGGUUUUGGCUUUAUAGAGGAAGUUUUAAGAGAGAAGUUCUAAUAUAAAAAGAAGCCGGCAUCAGUACUUUUUUCGUUUUUUCCUUCUGAACUACUGUGUAUACUGUACAAACCCUAAACAGAAUUUUCCCUAUGAAACCAGAAACUGUAAUAUAUAUUUUGAUUAUUCAUAUUAAAUACAUACGCCAUGGGUUUCGGUGAA